GUUGGAUCUUCCGUCUUCGGAGUCGUCCUUGAGAUUUAGCCGCGAUGUUCAGCAUAUAAGCACUCUCGAUCCCAUUGUUGAAGCCCAGAUCAUCCAUUAUCACAUUCUUCUCUACCUCUCUCAGUCCCAGCCUGAAUCUUGAUUGUCCCUCUCUCUCACAUCACAAGUCACAAUGCAGUUCCUCAGCAUCACCUCUCUUCUCGCUCUCGCGACUCUCGCUUCUGCAAAGCUUCACAGCCAAGCGGUCUGCGUCACCAACCGCCACUACGACCCCAUCGGAGGAACGCCAUGGAGCCCAAGUUACAACUGGAAGGUGAACUAUGAGAUUCUUCCCGGCGCUACGAACUGCGCCUGCAACUACUACAGGAACCGCAAUACUGGCAACAAACAGUGGGACAAGUGCCCUGACUGUCGCUUUGAUGGUCUUGUCUGUGAGUCCAAGGACUGGCAUAUUGGCGGUGACGAGUUUACCUACUAUUGUGAGAAGAAGUGCGGAGCUCAGGGAGCAGAGGCCAACUAGUAUGGAAUAGCCUUGUCGUCGGUUCCGUCAAAAGGACCCUGAAGGACAGUGCAGGAUUAGAGUAGAAGUUGUGAUAGGUCAACACCAAACAAGAAAUUCGUAUGAAAAUCGGAAAGCGG